AUGACGUCCACUCUUACUACUGUUGAUAAUCUUUGCCAUAUCAUUGAUAACCUCAGCAUACAAGCUGACGCUUCCAAGUUCUGGAAAUGCCCAUUCACUGGCUGUGUCGACCAAGUGCACAGGCAUGAGCUACCAGACCUAAAAGUCCUAGUCUCCUCACUUCGAAAGUCCGCUGCUGCUUUCAGUGGUCCACGCAACACAAGAUAUGCACCUGAGGAUAUCUUGCAGUUAGUGACGGAGCUAGAAAAGAUCACUUGUGCCACUCAUCAGCCGAUUAUCCAAGAAUUAGUCUUUUUCGACAAGCCAGAGGCACAUACCGAAAGGAGUGUCUUACAGGACUCAAAGGUCGACCUUGCGCCAAGAACACCCGCUAAACAAACAUCGAAGAAUUACAUACGACGGGGACAUCCGGAACAGAUAGGAACGCCAGAUACCAACGACUCUGGAUAUUUUACCCAGUCUGGUGUCAAGAGUAGAAGAGGAAUAAAAUCGCCGGGCACUGAUAGUCUCUCUUCCACAUUCAGCCCUGGCGGAGAGAGCAUAUUUGAUGUGGACAGUCCUAAUGGAAUAGCUGACACCCCAGACUCAAUUUACUUUGAGAAAGACACUUCGAGGACGCUAUUUGAUAGGAAGCGAGAUGCUUUGACUGAGACACCAACCCGAAAUGGGACGCACAAUUCAAGCUCUAGUCGAGCCGAACUAGAGAGAAACAAAAAGAGGACCGAAUCGCUUUUUACACCUAUCGACAAUGCAGCCACAGAAGAUGCUAAAAAGGAAGAGCAUGACACUGUUGCUUUCCACAAGCUUCGUGAAAAACGUUUGAGUACCGCAAAAAGAAGUACCGGGGCCAUUGACAAAGCUGGUGAAAAGAAAAAAGUCCCCAAGACGAAGGAGCUUGGAAUAGAAGAAUUCCAUCCAAACUUGAUUAUUUCUGACAAAAUAUCGGAUUUUUUCAGAGCUAGGGCUGUUCUUCACGAUGCCCUAAGCAAAUCUUACUGUGACACAGACAAGUUACCGGGCAAAAUAUAUAUCGCCAUCGACAUCAAUGAUUCCAGGCUUGAGGAUUACUUCAAGGUGGGAUAUGUGAAUGGCUCAAACACAGUCUCUGAUCGCUACAGCAAGGGCUGUAGUCGCAGGAAAUCCAUGAGAUUCGUCGCCAUUAGCAAAGCCGAAAUAUCAGGUGCGCAUCGAGUCGAAAAGCUGGUACAAAGAGAAUUACAUGCGCACCGGAAGUAUAUCACCUGCGCACACUGUGAUAAACGACAUGACGAGUGGUUCAAGAUUGACUUUCCAACCGUGCUUGAUGCCGUCAAUCGUUGGACAGAGUUUGUCGCGUUGCUUGGCCGGAACGGACUCAAAGAAGCCGACUUUAUUCGUAAAGCGGAAGAGUUCAUGAUCAAGAGGUAUGGUUUGGAAGAUUUUGUGAGCGGCUUUAUCUCAUAUGCGAAUUACGAAACACAACCAACUGAGAUGCACGCUUUCGUCGAUAAACGCGAGAAGCAUCCUAGAGAGGGCAGUCUUAAUGUCAAAGAAAUUGGAGAAUGGGAACAGAAGCUUAAGAGCUUGAAACGAGAAGAACACGCAGCACCAGCAGAUACGAAAAACGAUCAGGUUGAAGUCAAGGCGGAUACUCUUCCACGAAACGAGCCAGAUCUUUCCAUAAAGAGGCCAGCUAGGAUGAAGAUUCAGGAGCGGAUAGCCAAAGCUGUCGUGCAGAGGUUUGGUCGGCGCAAGCAGAAAGACGAGUUUGAAACAAAAGACGUUGGUACCGUUCACGUUGAUCGUCCUCGACUACAGAGGCGUUGGACGGAUUUUGUGAAGCCAGUGAGGUCUUGA